AUGAAAUCAGUCAACUGCCCGACUCGCAACGGAACACAUAUCCACUUAUGGGGUUCUACUGCUGGUAACACGCUCGUUCAAAAGUAUGAUCGCGGUUGGGAACCAGAAGUAACGUAUACAGGCUUCACAACAGUCAUCCGUUUUCCCACUACCCCAUGGGUUCCUAGGCAUUUCUAUUAUGCUACAUUUGACCGUGUGGCGAACAGUACUGAAUUCUGUGAUCCCGAGUCAGCAUCUGUGACUGAUCCCACCUUCUGGGUAUACAGUAUAUGGAAUUCAGCAUUAUCGUCGACAGCAACCACAACUACGACUCCUUUCACAACAGUUACAGUGACUACAAAGCUAACACUGACAACCAGUCUAUCGAUAAUCUCCUAA